AUGAGCAAAACCGUUCGAGUUGCGGCCAUCCAGGCCGAGCCAGUAUGGAACGACCUACAGGGUGGUGUCGACAAGUCCAUUAAGUUGAUCCAGGAAGCUAGCUUCAACGGAGCGAAUGUUGUUGGCUUCCCUGAAGUCUUCAUUCCAGGAUACCCAUGGAGCAUCUGGGCCAAGUCUCCCACCGAGAAUGGCGAGUUCAUGAAUGAGUACUUCAACAAUUCCAUGGAGCUCGAGUCUCCGGAGAUGGAGCGCAUCAAAAAUGCAGUCAAAGAUGCUGGCAUCUUCUGUGUCAUGGCGUAUAGUGAACGCUUCCAGGGCACUUUGUACAUAUCCCAGACAUUCAUCAACGAGGAGGGCCAGGUGGUUCUCCACCGCCGCAAGAUCAAGCCAACCCACGUGGAGCGGGCGUACUGGGGAGACGGCCAAGGCGAGUCUCUGCAGACCGUUGUCAAGUCCUCUUUCGGAAACAUCGGUGGUCUCAAGUGCUGGGAGCACACCCAAACUCUCCUCCGUUAUUACGAAUACACACAAAAUUCAGAUAUCCACGUCGCCAGCUGGCCAUGUAUAUUCUUAGUCGAGGGACUGGAAAAGUGGCCAUAUCAUAUAUCUACAAAAUGCUCUCAGGAGUUCACCCGCAUACUGGCCAUCGAGGGCGGCUGCUUUGCACUGAUUGCCACACAGGUUGUUAGCAAGGAGCAUGCAGCAAAGAUAGGCAUCGAUGGCUUCAGAUUUGCUCGGCUUCCCAGUGGGGGUUUCAGCAUGAUCUUUGGUCCGUUUGGGGAGGAAUUAGUCGAGCCACUUCCUGCCGAUCAGGAGGGAAUCUUGUAUGCUGAUUGCGAUCUCAGCAGGAAAGCCGAGGCAAAGCAGAACUUGGACCUCGUUGGCCAUUACUCCCGCCCAGAUAUGCUGAGUUUGAGAGUUAAUCGCUAUCCGUCCAAGCCGGUAUUCUUUGCACAGGAUCUGUAA